AUGAUUGGUCUCGUCCUUUUCUGCUCCUGCCACGGCGAUCGACGCGUCGUCGCGCUUUCUCUGCAAAUGAACCAGUUCCCGAAGAUGCACCGUUGCCUCGAGAUUUCCGAAAUCCAAGCAAAGAUUUGCGCAGAUUUGGGAAACGAGGGGAAGAAAGACGCGUUGGCCAGAUUGGCAAGAAUUGGACGCGUUUUUCACGAAAGUGCGAUCCGACAGCUGUGGAAAGAGAUACCAGGGCUACAUGUGAUCACGAAUCUCCUCCCUGGUUGUUUCUUGGAGCGCGAUGAGGAACUCAUUUUGGCGCACAAUCCUCCUAUUUCAGAACAUCUUCCCCGGCUCAAGAAGUAUACAGAUCUUGUCAAGGUCGUCGACUAUCCCACCCGAUACUACCUGAACAAGGGGCCCAAACCGUUCCACUGGACAGCCUUGCACCUGCUAUCAGCGGGAAAUAUCAUACCUCUUCCCCUUUUUCGGAAUGCCCGGGAAAUAACCCUUCCUUUCCUCUUGGACUCCAGAAGAACCACAAUUUUCUACCCCGCCUUUCUGCUUUCCCCGACUGUCGAGUCCAUCACCAUUUUGACCGACGAGGUUAUCGACACCGACAUCUGGUGGGGGGACGUACUUGAAUCACAACCCGAAGACGCCCAUUGCAAAUCUCUCAUCAAUCAUCUGGCUCCGCUUGCUUCGAAUAUUUCAAGGUUCGCCAUCAGGGGUACAGAGACAGUGUGGGAGCGGCAUACGCCUAUGGUCUGUUUGAGCGGCAUCCUCCCGCUCUUUUCGAACACGCUCCGCUCGCUCGAUAUAACCCACCUCUCGAUGGACGCAGAGGGCAUUGCAAGUCUGUCCCGACUCGGUGGUCUCGAGGAUCUCAAGCUCCUAAUUCAGGCCGGAACCCAGUGGCCAAAUUCCAGAACGAUCAACUUUGAGGCGCUUACCUCCCUCGACGUUGUAAUCAAAGACGCGGUGGUGGACCCUUGCCAAACUUUCUUCCACUCGAUGCGGGCACCCCGGCUGCAGUACCUCUCUCUGGCCUUCGCGCUCGAUGGAGAGGAGGUGGACCUGGGAGCCGUGUUUCUCAAUUUGUCUUGCGCCGUUGACUCGUCCUCUCUUACCUCAAUCACCGUCAAGGUAGCCGAGAUCAACGUGAACUAUCUGCAAGAUGAUGAUAUGGAUGCCACUGCAUUCGCCGUCGCAUCGUCGACUCUCAAACCCCUCUCCAUAUUCAAGAACCUUACUACCUUCGAACUCGAUCCCUGCCGACUUUUGCCUAGUUUCACCGAUUCGGAUCUGCUCGAACUUACCUCCUCGUGGCCAAACCUCGAACGGCUCCAAAUGCAGGAAGAAACCACCCGGUUUAAGCUCUCAGAAACGGCAGUAACUCUACGGGGCGUCCAAGAGGCGCUGGGGCACUGUCCUAAGCUAUCCUUCCUCAGCAUUCCUUGUGAUGCUUCGGAGAUACCCAACAACUCGACUCUGAAGCCCCACCCAUCCCUGGCCCAUUGGAAUUUCAAUCAUUCCCCACUCGGCUGUGGUCGCCACCUGGUAAAGUGGGUCCUUGCCAACUACCCAGGCGUGAAGGAAAUCUGCAACUUUGAACAGGCCAGGAAGGAGUUGGCUCGCAUGUGCUUGCCUUCAGGCGGGAGGUCAUGGGAGAAGCUAGAACAGGCUGCGGAUGAUUUCUUGGUCGCUCUGGCUCAAUGGAAUGGUGUGCUUCCAGCGUUGGCAGAGUUUAGGUCGUCUACUAGCAAUACCUGUGACUCGUCGAUGGGCAGUUUAAUAUGA